GCGGCUCUAGACGCGCUCCGCUCCGCGCGAGACGGUGUCCGGAGCGGAGCGGCGCGGCGCGACGCGACCACCGUGUACCUUCGUUCCCGCGUCUCGGAAGCGAGCGACCGUCCCCCCUUCGGCGAGGUAAAACAUCCGACGUCUCGCACGCUCGCUUGCUCGUUUCCCAGACGUGGGAACGAGAGGAGCGGAUGAUUUAGUCGCGCGAGCGCGCGUGUGUGUGUGAUCGACGGCCAGGAUGCAGGACGACGGCGACCAUGUCCGCGGGGAAGAGGAAGCCCGCGUCCUCGCGGCGAUCACGACGCGCGCCCACCGCGGAAUCAACGUGCAAGCAGCAUGACCACGACGCUGGAAUCACCGGUGACGAGCCUGACGGUCAACACCCGGGUAUAUGAGGGUCAGAAGCCGGGCACCUCGGGCCUGCGGAAGGCCGUCAAGGUCUUUCAACAGGAGCACUACACGGAGAACUUCGUGCAGGCGAUACUGCAAGCCCUGGCUGACGACCUGGUGACCAAGGGUCUCGGCUGCACCCUCGUCGUCGGCGGUGACGGACGGUUCUACGGAAGGGAGGCGGUGUCGAAGAUCAUCCGAAUCGCCGCGGCAAAUGGGGUAAACAAGUUAAUAGUUGGUCAACAUGGCAUUCUCUCAACGCCAGCAGUAUCAACUAUAAUACGAAAGUAUGGAACGCAAGGUGGGAUUGUCUUAACUGCGUCGCACAAUCCUGGUGGUCCUGAUGCCGAUUUCGGCAUUAAAUUUAAUUGCUCCAACGGCGGCCCUGCUCCAGACAAUGUAACGGAUAAAAUUCAUGAGAUCACCAAAACGCUGCAGCAUUAUAAAAUUAUUCCCGAGGUUAGCAUAGAUAUUGACAAGGUGCAGAGUGUCACUGUCCUGGUGAAUGAUAAACCGUUUACUGUCGAUAUAAUUGAUUCUGUGAACGAUUACGUGGAACUCAUGAAAGAGAUUUUCGAUUUUGUGAGUAUCAGGAAAUUGUUGCAAGGUAGCGCAGAUAGACCAGCGUUUAAGGUUCUCAUCAAUUCAAUGAAUGGAGUUACGGGGCCGUAUGUAAAGCGAAUAUUUAGCACCGAAUUAGGCGUCGAUGACACUAGUUUAGUAAAUAUAAAGCCGUUAGAAAAUUUCGGUGGUUUACACCCCGAUCCAAAUUUAACUUAUGCCAAAGAUUUAGUGAAUGCUAUGAAGGAGGGGCCGUAUGACUUUGGUGCAGCUUUUGAUGGAGACGGAGAUAGAAAUAUGAUCUUAGGCAAGAAAGCUUUUUUCGUAACUCCUUCCGAUUCCUUAGCAGUGUUGGCUGCUAAUCUAAAAUUAAUUCCGUAUUUCCAAAAGACUGGCGUUAAAGGAUAUGCUAGAUCAAUGCCAACGGCUGCGGCUGUUGAUAGAGUUGCCGCUAAAGACGGAGUAAAGUUCUUCGAAGUUCCUACUGGAUGGAAGUACUUUGGAAACCUAAUGGAUGCUGGAGAUCUGUCGCUAUGCGGAGAGGAAAGUUUCGGCACCGGUUCCGAUCAUAUUCGCGAGAAAGAUGGAAUAUGGGCAUGCUUAGCAUGGCUCAAUGUAAUCGCAAAACUAGGAAAAUCCGUGGAACACAUUUUAUUGGAUCAUUGGAAGGUUUAUGGAAGAAAUUUCUUUACUAGGUACGAUUAUGAAAAUUGCGACUCUGCGAGCGCGGAUAAAAUGAUGCAGAGCAUCGAAGCCCUGAUUCAGAAGCCAGGUUUUAUCGGCAGAAAACUGCAGUGCGAAGGUAAAGAGUAUAUUGUUAAGCAGGCAGAUAAUUAUUCCUAUACGGAUCCUGUCGAUGGUAGCAAAGCUACGAAACAGGGAUUGCGAAUAUUGUUUGCGGAUGGUUCCCGCAUAAUAUUCCGCUUAUCCGGAACGGGAAGUUCUGGUGCCACUAUCCGUAUGUAUAUCGAUAGUUACGAGAAUGAUCCGGAUACUUUCGAGAAAGACGCACAACUGGUCUUGAAACCUUUAAUUAAUAUCGCAUUAGAAUUAAGCGAUCUUCGUCAACACACCGGCCGCGAUGCGCCUACUGUGAUUACAUAAGAGUUUGCUCGUUACGUUCGCGCGCUCUUCCGUCACGGGGCUCCCUUAUCUCUCAUUCAACCUUAUCUCAUUUAUUCAAAGAGGUUUAUAAAGUGAAAGUUGGUGGUAUAAAUUUAUUUGGAUCGUCAGAGGUUUGUCCGAUUUCAUUAUCAAAAUCACGAAGCAAUAGCAUAAUAAUCGUUACUUAUGAAGGAAUUUUCCAUUUUUAUAAACUGUUACCGUUUUACGAUUCCAUCCGUAUGAUAUACAUACUGUGCGUAUUGGACGAGAACUAUUCAAUAUGCAUAUCCGAAUAGCGAUUGUAAAAAAAAAUGUUUUAGAAUCUACUAGGAUCUCUACCUAGAUAUUUAACGUAGAUGUUAUUGCUUGAAUCCUUCUUACAUUUCUGCAUUUCAAGUUAAAUGUAAAAGGAUACGAUUUAAAUCUUACUUAAAUCUUCAAUUUUUUAGUGUAGAAGAAAAUUGGUAUUGUCUCUUUCGAGCAUUAAGAGAGAUGACUACUUUGUAAUCAUCUCUAAUUAUUUGAUGGAAAUUUGAUUAUUUAUAUGUAUAUUGCUCAUAUAUUUACAUGAGUUUAAUAAGCAUUAAAAAUUGUGCUUAUUGUGUAUUAAAAUAUAGAUCUGGUACAUGUAGACAUUCUACUCGUGCUAGAAAAUCUUUGGAAAAAUAUUUCGUGACGUAACAUUAUGUUAUAACAAUGAUAUUGUUGAUAUGCAAUAAUCUAUCAACUCGUUGCCACAGCAUAUAAUUGAAAUAUAAUUGAAAAAAAAAACACAAUUUAUUGUAUCCGGUAAAUAUACCCCGAAAGAUAUAAAGUGCAAAAAAAAACAUCUUGUACUUAGCCGUCAUUAACAAUCAUAUCUAAAUAUUUAUUAUACGUUACGGCGAUAAGAUAUGUGCGUCUUUUUACAAAUAGCUGGCACUAAAGUCGAUAAGAAGCUUUCGUUAUUUAUCGUACAUUUAUAUUUGCCAAAUCUGCAGUGAUACGUAAUGAAUAUCACCACGUGCAUUCCGGUAUGUAAAAAUAUAAUUUGUAAAAAUCACGAUUUUGAAUGGGCAAAAUGGGUAACAUUGUCAAUCUUCCAAAGCUUAUGUCUAUCCGCGACUCACAUUUGAUAUUCGUUCUAAAUUUCCAUUCAUUUUCAUCCAUGAAUUUUACAGACUUUUACAGUGAAAAUGCUAUCUAACACUUUUUUAAUAUUCCAGGUAAAUUAAUUUAAUUGACACAUUUAAAGUUUUAACGCAAUCAGAAUGAUAUAAUGUAAGAAGAAAAUUAUUUAGUCACUAAUGAUAAUUUUAUUAACUGCAAUAUGUCAAGGGCACAAAGACUGGAACUCAAUAUCAGAUAGCAUAAUAUUGGAGGAUUAACAAAAGCGUAAAUUUGAUAUUGUCUCGAAGGACCAGUCUUUCCAACGUUCACUAAACUGAUCUUAUCACUCUGCAUUGUAGCUGAUGCUAUGAUUUAAACAGGUAUAAGAGAUUUGUCAAAUAAAUUGCUACAUUUUUUACCAGAGGAUGGAAUGACUGGCCCUGGUGAAUUGAAUAUAGCGUAAUGAAUAAUAUAAUAAGCAGCUUUAAUUUAUUCUGCUUUAUUAAGUAAACAUUUUAUUAAUAAAUUAAGUCAUCUGAAAGAAAAACGUCACUGCAAUCUGUAAUGGAUGAUGGUGUGACGCUACUUUCAAAUUCUAAUGACAUAUUCAGAAUUUUUUUUCUCGGUGUCAGAUUGUAAUACGAAAAUUAUAUUUGAGUCUAACGCUGUAGAUUUAUUUAUAUCGAUAAAUUGGAGUGGGAAAGGUGUUAGUCUUUUUGCACUUCGUCUUGUACAGUAGCAUACAUAAAAACUGCCUAUGUAAAAUUUAUACUAUUUAUUGCAACACGAGCAUAAUAUGAAGAGAAUAUUAAAGUAAAAAACAUUAAAGUUUUUGUAGAUAGUAGUGUACAACUGUAAGAAUCUUUCUUUUCCACACAUUGAAGCAGUCAUCCAUUUGUCUUUCUCUGAAACUUUCGUACGUUCAUCAAUACCGCACACAAAGCUGACCAUUUCAUUGUGAUUCACAAUUCCCUUCGCUGCUGCAAACCACGGUCAAAUGCAUACAAUUUUUCCAAGUUGUUUUUUACUUAUUCUUCUUAUGUCAUUCCUCAAUCAUGCGAUUUUUCUUCAAAAAGUAUACUUUAUUAUUUUGUCUUUUCUAAAUAGCGUUCAGUUCUGAUAUUCGAAUAUCGAAAGAAGCAUGGAUGCUUAAAUUGGUGAACUCACCAAAACCUGAGAAAUAGCCAGUGGAUGGGACAGGACCUUGUCAAUUUCUCAGAAUUUGGGCGACCUCAGAUAUAGCGAUGUAGGUUUGCAAAUUCGAGUUUAGCGCGAUACUCAGCGUCUUAUAAAGUCUUCAUACAAGUUGUUAACAUGAAAUGAUAAAAUUGUUACAGAAAGCCAUUACGUCUGCAUUUUGUUGCGCGAUACGUUUGUUUCGAAGUCAACAUUUACAGAUAAUGUAAUUCACUGAGUAUCUCGUUAAAAUUAAUCGAUAGAAUAGAAUACGUUAACGAACUUGUACAAAGAACAGUAAGAUGAUCCAGAAAAAGAAAGAAUUGAAUUUCUUUCGGAGGAGGGAACAAAGUCGUGAAUAGUCAGUAUGAUGCGAAAUUCUAUAUGUAACAGUAUAUCUCCACGUAAGCAAAAGUGAACAAUAGAUAGUAAUGUAAAACACGUUCGAUAGGUACGAGAGAGGCACGUUAUUGUUAUCUCGCAAAUGUCGUAGUGGAUGUCUCGACUCUGUCGAUAAUUAGUAACAGCCGCGCAAAUGUAUUAUAUUACUUGUUUCUCUUUCGUUUCUUUUUGCUUCGUCUUUACUGCUUUCUUUUGUACAAUAUUUCAUUACAAGUCUUUAUCGGAAGUAAUCACGCAAGCGCGUUCAUAACUACGGAAAAAAACGCGCGGUAUCACGACUCACCACCACGUUUCAUUUCUAGAUGAAUUGAAUAAGAAAUUUCACCGAGGCGUCGGUGUUGGGGAGAUACAUCGCGGGGAUAGAUAAGAAUCCGGGACAAAAGCAACGAGUAAACGUUUUUUUUUCUUCCUUCCGUGAAUAAAUGCAGCGUGUUACGGAGAGAUUUCGCAAGGCAAUUAUGUAAAUAGUUGGUGAAGGAGGAGACGGAGGAGGAGGAGGAGGAGGAGAUACUUAGGGACCUGAGCCGACACAUGCCCCCGUUCGAUCUGUUAAUUACGUUCUAUAGAAGGAACGAGGGAGUGAUGAGAAGAGAGAGAAGAAAGCGAGGUACUCCGAGUGUUCUCUAGAACGUAAUAAAGAUUAUUUAACGCGGCGGCGAUGUCACAGAGACCAGCACAGAGACUGCCGAUUACUAUAAAGAUAUUAACAUGUAACAUUUGUAUCAUAAUCAUAAUAAAUACUAAUUAUCAUUAUAAGUAUAUGAAUGAGUGGCUGCUCGGAAUGCACGUGGUAUGAUUCAUCGCUACUUCAUUGUUUUUCUUCGUCGCGCUCCAUGCUGAUUGUGACGAGGCAUUCGUGUAUGUUUCGAAAUAUGUAUUUGUCAAUUAAUCGAAUCUUUUAGUGUCAGUGAAUUGUCUAAAGAUGCAUAUUAUUUUCUUUUUUGCCGACUAGCACCAGAUGCGACCAUUCUGAUUCUCAAAUUUUUGUAGAGUCCAAACACCAAAAUAAAACUAAAUAAUAAAAUUGAGCUACUCUAUAAAUUUCUAAUUGUGCGAUCGGUUUUUAUUAUAUGAAUCUCAAUUAUUAUAUAAAAAAUACUGAUAUAUAGAAUUUGAUAAACCGUUUGCAAUAUCCAAUUAUAAAAAUCGAAUGUGUCGCAUUCAUGUUAAAUCGAAAUAGUAAAAUCCUGUAUAUUACGUUCUUCAUGUGAUUUAUUUUUAAGCGAUUAUUAUGUUCAAGCAACUCUCAUACAAUCUAAAGUGGUGACGACUAGCCCAACUUUUAAUAAACUUUAUCUCAUUACAACGAA